AAAAAGAAUAAUUAAGACAAGAAUACUGUAAUGGGUGAACAGAAAUCUGAAGAUGAUUGAGAGGAGAAGAGAAAGCUUGGAAACCAUGCAGAUUGUAAUGAUUUGGAAUGAUGCAGUGUAAGGAUGAAUGGUAACAUAACACAUGGAUGUGAUACAACAAGAAAGGUGGAAUCAGUAUAUCAUAAUAUUGUACGUAUCUUCCCUCCUAAAACAACGACGAAGUCAGAUACGCUCAAAGCAGUCGACACAGACUGUGCCAUCGUUUUGUACGUUCUCCACAGAGCAAUUGCGACACAAAGUUCUACCACACCCGGGGACAAGCCACUGACCAUCGAUGAUCGUCUCCUCAUCGCCUUCAUCCCUAUCUUCCUUGCCUUGGCCAUGGCAUAUGCCAUUACCAUCGCCUCCGUCUCUCGCUUUUCGUCUCCUGCCGGCGACGACUGGGGCGACGUCACAGUUUGCGGUCGACGUAUUGAGCGAGAGAGCAGGGCGGCGGGGUGAUGGCCAUAUGUAUGGCAGUGAUACGAAUGGUGAGGGGGAAGGCGAAGGCGAGGAAGUCAGCGAAUGUGAAAGUGUGGGCGUGGGCGGGAAGGACGGCGUGCGAUUGUGAGCGGUACACGUGCGCGAGCAGAUGAUGCAAGUCGGUGAUGCACAUCUUGCACAGAGUAAAAGCGCCCCCGUACCAGACCUUGAGCCGGGGAAAAGCGCACGGUGGCAGGAUGUACAGGACAGGCCUGCCACAAGUGGUUUUGAAGACGUAUUGUUGGUGCCGACAGCGCUGUUUACAUUGGAAGGAGCCAGUGCAAGUGCUGUGACUGUUGAAGUUGGCGACGAGCCAAGCCUUCUGCGCUUGAAAAGUGGUUUCUUGACUGACGGAGUGGAUGUCAUACCACAGCAGGAAGCAGGACGAGAAAGGG